GCACCGUUCUGGCGGAGUUUGUGUAUAUACAUCAUCAAUAGAGACAGAGUCCGAGAGUAAUGUAUUUGUCGGUAGCCGAUCUGCUUUGUUUCGGCUGCAAAAUUCUACUCAAAAAUGGAUUUCACUUUCAUCGAACAUGACCGAAGGUAGCCCUGAUGAUGGGAAUUUUCUGGUUCGUGUCCGAGCCCAGGUCAUGACCAGAGAUGAUUCAACUGGAGGUUGGGUGCCCAUGGGCGGAGGUGGAUUAAGCAAUGUGUCUGUCAGAAAGCGGAUCAUCUCUGAAGAUGACACAAAACCAGAAUAUCUCAUUUGUGGGAAACGGAUAUCAGAUCAGACGGUGGUUUUAAGUUGCACUAUAAAAAGAGACUUCCAAUAUAAUAAAGUGAUGCCUACUUUUCAUCACUGGAAAACUGGAGAUAAGAAGUUUGGUCUUACCUUCCAAACUGCUGCUGAUGCAAGAGCCUUUGAUAAAGGUGUGCGUACAGCUGUGGAAGAUCUGUUGGAAGGUAUUGGAUAUGGACAUAAUACUCAUAUUAGUGAUGAUCUGGGAGAUGAUGAUGUUUUCAUGACAUUAGAACUGCCUGUGGAAUCCCGAUCAUCCUCAGGAUCCAGCAGUGAAAGUGCAAAUGGCAUAAGUGCAUGCAGGCCUACUUCUGCCACGUCCAGCAUCCCGGGUGAUACAUUUUCAGUCACUUCAUCACCUUAUACUCAUCCGCAUUCUAAUCAGCAUCAUCUUCAUCGCAUACAUUUCAUGAAACCUUCACGCACGAUGCCGGGUGUCAGCAGCAAUGGCAGUGGCACCAGCGGCCUUACUUCAUCAGUAAGUGCAGGAGCUGGAGAUUUACAAAAAGUUCAAGCUGAAGAUAUCUGGAUAAAAGAUAGGACACGUAUUAAAGAUAACUCUCAUUCUAAUGAGCAUGAAAAAAUUGAACUUGCAACUUUAGGAGAACCUUACUCUUAUGUACAGUUUUCCAGGGAUAGACAAAGUCGUGCUGAGCAUGAUUAUUGCUAUCCCUCUAUAGAAACACUUAAAUCUGGAAAGCAGGACUAUACUGGUAGCAUAAAGAAACAAGUCUCAACUGUAAGCAGUGAGCCUCCUCUUCUUCCAAGCAAGAAAAAGAGUAGUCAGAAAGAAACCCGUCGUCAGUCCCCUCCAGGUCGAUUGCAAUGUCGUCAUUGUCUUGAUACGUAUGUUGAGGAAGAGAAUACUCCUGGCAGCUGUGAGUAUGGACCAGAUAGGACGUUGUCCUUCAUUGACCAUGCAACUUGCUUUUCCUGCACCCAAUGCAUGCUUUAUCAUUGCAUGUCAGAUGCAGAAGGAGAUUUCCACCACCACCCAUGUUCAUGCGAUACUUCCGAUGAUCACUGCCGCAGGCGCUGGACAGGUCUUGCCUUGCUCUCUAUAUUUGUUCCCUGCCUCUGGUGCUACCUGCCUCUUCGUGCCUGUCAUCGCUGUGGAGUCAGUUGUGGUUACUGUGGAGGUAAACACGAACCUGUGUAGGUUUUUUAUUAAACAUGCGUACAUGUUGUAAAAUAAGUAAAUCCUACAUGGGUACUCACUGCCUGAAUUUAAAUUUAAAAUGAUGAGAUUUAUAAUCUCUCUGCCAAAGAUGCACAGUAACUGUUAUAUUAUCUGUCAGUGGCCAUUACUCAAAUGGCCCCAAUUCACUUAUGAGCAAUCCAUCAUUUGUAAUAUAGUUUUGUUAACUUCUCAGAAAUAUCUUUUUAAGGUAUGUUUACAUGCACAUAAUUAAUAGUGUAUAUCACGUGACUCUAAAAGAAGUAUUUGGCUGACAGAAAAAUAAAUUUUCAUAGUGACAAAUAUUGUGUAUAUAAAAUUUUUAAAGGGAGUUUUUCUCUUUGUAAAGCAAAAGUAUUAUUCUGCUUUAGUAAAUUCUAAUAGAAGAUUUUUCAUGUCAGAAUCAGGUAUAGAAAUGUUUACAGAAUUUCUAUUCCUAUUAAUUCCGAGCAUUUUAUAUGAAUAUCACCUAUAUUUUUAAUAUGACGUAUUCAUCUUAAAAUGCAAGUAUUUAUCAAAUACAUAGUCAUAAAAUAAUUACUAAGUUAUUAAGAAAGUUAAUAAUUAUAUCCUUUCUUCCUAACUGGGAAGGGAAGCUAUAACAUAUGUAUACAAAUUUUUUAUUUAAAGUAUAUUUUCAAAUUUAAUAAUGAUAAAAAAGUGUGGAAAAUUUAUAUGUAUUUCUCUUGUGUAUUCUUUAAAAUAUUGCCAGGUGUCAAUAUUUUAAAAUAUAUAUAUAAUAUGUAAUAGAAUCGGUUAUUUGAUUAACCCCGUGAGUGGCAUGACUGUUUUUAUCCUGUCAUGACAUUUUAUUUGUUGCUUGGUAUAUAUAUAUAUAUAUUAGAUUAUAAUUUAAAUAAUUUUUUUUUUCUUACUUUCUUUAUUGAUGUAAAAAUCAUCUUACUGAAUGGAAAUUUAUAAGAACAAAAUAAAGAAUUAAUUAUAUAAAUUCAGCUAAUACAAGCUGUUUAUAUACAGUUCUUCAUAAAUAUAUCCAAAAAGCUUUUGUACUUACAGAGUUAGAGAAAAGUGCAUUAGGAGUAUUUGCUUGUGUAAAUGGAUGACUUUGUAAGGAAAACUGCCAUGUAUUUAUAUUAUACAUGGGAAUGGGAAUGUCAUGCAGUCAGCUCUCAGAACCUAAGCAAACUACUAUAUUUCACAUCAUCAACACAGUUCUGCCUGUGAGCCUAUGGGAAUGCCUAAUACGAAAUAUAACAUUUUUAAAGUGUUAUAUUCCAUAACUCAUAACAUAUGAGAAUACUAUGCAUUCAUAAUGCUUCAACUGAAUGUAAAACUUAAACAUAUUAAUUACAUUUAUGUAAAUCUUCUUAAUAUUCAUGAGCAUUUCUGAAAAGCAUUUUUUUUUUUUUUUUUUUUUUUUUUUUUUUUUUUUUUCCCAGAAAGAUUUUAGGAUGUUUGUCAAAAUUGUUUGGAUGUGUUUAAGACAUAACAGAAUCUGAAUUUUCAGUAAUUUUAAUAAUUGGAAAUUUUUACCAUUAUUUAAAUUUUCAUCACAUGAUGUUUUUAAUUAUAAUUCAAAUUUAUUCAUAGAAAAUGCUAAGAAUAUUUACGUAAGAUAAAUAAAAACUUUAUUAAACCCUGUUUAAUAAAUUCAGUGCAGAAAGCUCAUCAAGCCAGAAAUCAUGUGGAUGGAAUUGAUUUCACAUAAAAAUCAUUCAUUGUUUUUUAUUGUUUUAAAAUAUUGCCUUACAUAAUUUAAAAACAAUUAGCUACUAAUAUAAAUAUUUUGUUAAGAAUUAAUAACUAAUUAACUACUUUCUUGGCAAUAAAUAAAAUAGGAAAAAUCAAACACAUCUCCCUUCCAAAAUAAAAUUUGCUGAAAACAACUUGAAAAAGGAGCUUUUUAAUAAUAUUCUUAACCUUAUAUAUGCAAAAUAGUCAUGCAGCUAAUAGACUAAAUAAGCAUAUCACUGUUUAAUAUUUUGUGUUUCCUGAGAGAAAAAGGAUUAAGUUAGAAUCUUGUAGCUCAGUGUAAUAUUAGCAAUCAAUCCUUAAACUCUGUACUGGAUGUAUGACAGGCCACAGUAUUUCCUUUGGCAGUUGCAUAAACUAAAUGAUUUGCUGUUUCACAGAUCGAUCAGUAUUAUGUGCAUGUAAACAAAGCUUUAUAAAUCCAUUAAAUUGUUUUUCUAUCAUCUGUUUAGUGUUUGAUUUGAGUAUAUUGAUAUGUUUCUACAACAUAACUAAUUGGAUAAAGCUUUGUAAGUUUUCUCAUGUGUUGGACUCCUCCUUGUAUAAAAGCAAGAUGUUGUAGCAGUCAAAGAUUUCCUGGUGAUUUUUAUAAUAGAAUUUUAAUUGCAGCCUUUUAAAAAUUAUCAUCCUGCAUUUUAGCAGUAUUUAUAUUUUCAUUGUGAUGAAUGUGUAAUUAAUUAUUGUCUUAUAAGUCUUUGUUACAUAUGUCAGUUUUCUGAUAUGAAGACAGUUAAAUCCAAUUUGAUUGUUGCAAACCUUAUCAUAAUAUAUUUUUUCCUUCCCCCUGUAGGGAUUAGGUUCAUAGUUAACAAUUAAUCCCUCUUUUAUCUGCUAAAAUUCUGUGUAAAUAUGUAUGCUAUAAUAAAUUUGAUGAUAUGGUAGUUCUGAAUAAUUACCAGAGAUUAUAAUUAUCAAAAAUUUGAUAAUUUUUAUAAAAAUUCAUCAAAAUCAUUGAUCAUUUUAAAGAACUUCCAUCAUUUGUUGGUAAAUGUGAUAAUUAAUAUAGUCACAAAGAGUGGAAAGUGAUAUCAUUUUCAUCAGUGGCUUAAGUAUGUCAAUUUUCUAACUAGAAAUGUAGUCAUAUUCAUGAUUUCCAUGAAUUAUUUUUAUUUUCUUCUCAUUUUGAAUGGAAAAACAAAUUAUUCCACAAUUAAUAUGGACCAAUGUUAGAAGUUCCUAAUUUUAAUCGGUUAGGAACUGGACAAGAUUAAUUGAAUGAGUUUAAAAAAAUAAAAAAUUUUUACAAGUUGCAUUAUUUAAAAUAAUUGAAAUUUUGCACGUGAUUGCCACAUUUACUCACAUAUUUUUCUCCAUUUUCCUGCUAAUUUUACUGCUUGAAAACCAGGAGGUGAAAAAUAAGUGGUGUGCAAUGUUUGAAACAGCACAUCAUAAAAAUACACAUAAUGACACACUAAUAUUAUUAGCAUGUUAUGUAUUUCAAAGCACUUAACGAUUUUAAUAAUAUUCAUUUUACUGACAGAAAAUAAUUUCCUAUUUGGGCAUACAUUUUACAUUGUUACCUUAAAUAAAAAGUUCAUAAAUCAUAUGUUGGAAAAAUUAGGAGAAGAAAUAUUCAGGUAAAUAUUGUAUACUUUUUAUGUAAUUUAUAGAAAUUUGCAGUAUUUAUGUUCUAAACAUGUAACAGGUGUAUUCUGAAUUUUACUUAAAAGACUAAACUAGAAAAAAGUUCAGAGUUUCUAUUGAUAUUCUCAGAAUAAUUUGAUGUAAAGAUCAGAUUUUUUGGUUUAUGAAGAUGUUGAUUUGACUAUUAUGAUAUAUUUAAGUUGUUUACCUUUCUUCAUUUGAUAUCCAAUGCUUAAUAAUGUAAAUUUCAAACAGAAAUUAAGCAAGUUAUAAUAAUUAUUUUUCUAUAAAACAUGUGGAGAGGUGGAAAAACUAAGUUAUUUUUCUUAAAAUUACACUUUUUAAUACAGCCCCAAAAUUGUAUUAUGCAAAGAAAAAGAAUGUAUGCAAAGAAAAUUUUAAAAUGUUUGGUCAUUAACUAUGAAAUGGCAGUAAUGAUGACAUGUGGAUAACUAGCAAUUGGAAUGAAUAAAAGAAUCAGUUAUAUAUGUGUAUAUAUAAACAUAUAUUAACAAACACAUUGAUUUUAUUAUAAAUGUAAAUAUAUGUAUGAAUCUGAUUUUUUUUUCAUUGUGCCAAAGGAAGUGUUUACAAUGUUAUAAGUAAUAGUUCCAUGAAUAGGAGAUUCAUUAAAUUAAUAGCAAGGUAUGAUGAGUGUAUUUUAAUUAGGUUAUGGAUAAGUUAUUUAUUCAAAGCAGAACACUCAAGAGCUAUCUCUGUUAGAGAAAACCGCUUUUGUGGAAGAUUUUCUAAAGAAAGCUGGCAUGUAUUCGCAUUGUACGUUAGGAAAAUCAGAAAACCUUUAUGCAGGCAGGUUUCGAUUGUUACAAACCUAAGCCAGAAUGAACUGCCAGUAUUCUGUGGUCUUACCUACCAGCACACGCUCAAAUACAAUUUAAAAAUCUGUUUAAGUAUUUUCCUAAAAAUAUCAUAAUAACCAUACUGUAUGACCUCACAUUUUUCGUACGAAAACAAAUUCUUGUACAUAUUGAAUGUGUUAUUUUGUAAUCCAUGUGUUUCUAAACCAUAUUAUAUUAAUUCCACAUUGUUUUGAUUAAAUUCAUUUCUGGAUGAGGUUUUAGAAGAGAUAUUUGUACUGAAAUGAACUUGCAACAAUGAAGCAACAAAAAUAAAUGCAUCUGAUUACCACUACAUUUCAUUUUGCUGUUGAAUGUCAAUUUAAAAAAAAGAAAGAAAAUUUGUGGCUUAUUAUUAGUAUAUUAUCUAAUAAAUAUUAAAGAAAUGUGGUAAUGAAAAUUGUAUUUAGCUUUUUGUUUUGGUAAUUAUAUGGAAUCUCUGGAUAUUAUUAUAAUAACUAAGAUAAUCAGAUUUCUUAUAACAUAUAUAAAUGUAUUAUUGAAAUUGUUCAAAAAUCAAUUUAGACCAGUUUUCCAGGGAGAGGGCCAUUUGCUCAAUUAUGAGGAAUAUCUAUUUCACAGAUCUUACUAACUAAAUUGUGCCUUAAUAAUGUGGCAAAAGAUUAUUUCAAAGAAAGGUAUCUUUCGAUUUGAAUAUAUAUAUGAUCUGAUUACUGAAAAGAGCUAUUAUAUCAUAUGUUAAGAAUGUUUAUUAUUGUAAGUUGAGCGAUAAUUGUUUGUGAUAUAUGGCUAUAUAAAAUUUAAAUUGUACAGUCCUGUUCCAGUGUAAUUAAAAUUAUAUGUAAAAAUUAGAGUUGAUAUCUGAAUGAAAGCUUUUUAAUAUUUGUGUAUGUUUAUAUUAUUUUAACCCUGGGCAGCUUGAAAUAUAAUCAAAAAGAAUAGUGAAGAAUCUUGUUUUUGAAUACUUAAUACUGUAUUUAAGUUAGUCCUAAUGAAAAUCCGAAAGAUAGAUUUGAAGCAGUGAAUCUAUUUCAUAUGUUUUUGAACCUGAAUGUUUUACUUUUCAGUUGUAUGCUUCAAUUCAUGCUAUUGAAAAUAUAAGAUAUGUAAAUGAAGUAGCUAUGCUUGUUGCAUAUAAUUAUUUUGUAAAAACAGAACAUUAGAUUUGUGCAUGAAUUCUGUAAUUAUGCUAUUAAACAUAUUUUUUAAUGUAAAUGUUUUAUACAAUUUGUAGAUAAAGUUAGUAUUCAGUAAAAAAAAGUUUGUUAUACAAUUUGUAGAUAAAGUUAGUGUUCAGUAAAAAAAAGUUUGUUAUACAAUUUGUAGAUAAAGUUAGUAUUCAGUAAAAAAAAAGUUUGUUUUCUAAUAUCAUUUACAAAAGUUAGUCAUCAUAAAUUUGUUAGGCAAAAAUAAUUUAUAUUUAUCAUUUUAUAUCUAAAUGUGUAAUGAGAAUAGACAGUUAAGAUUCAAAUUCUGAGUCCUUAUUGAACAUAAUACUGAAAAUCAAAUUAUGUUAAAUAGAAUUUGGUGGUAUAUUUUUAAUGACAUAAUUACACUUAUUUAGUGUUUAUAUAAUUAUGAUUGCUUACCAUUGAAGUAUUUCAAUAACUGAUAUGCAUAUUUUUCUCUGUCAGCAGUUUUGUACAAGUUAUUAAAUUUUUCUUCAUGAAAAUAUUUAAGUAAUUUCCUAUUAAUUUUUAUCAUUAUGAUAUUUAUUUCUAUGUCUAGAUUUCUGGGAAUUAUCUAAUUCUGCUUAUAAUAUUGCUGCCUUUUUAUUAUCAAUGUUAACAAAUUUCACGUCAAGCAAAUUAUAUCAAAAACACGACAUUGCAUUUUCUUAUACCGGGGGGGGGGGGGGGGGGAAUGUCACAGAGAGCAAAAUAGGGUUAGAAUGCUUAAAUUAUGAAAUCAAAUUUGAUGACCAGGAUAAAAAAUGUAUGGAAUUUGACUCAAAUGUUGAAUGAUUAAAAUUAACUGCAUAGGCUAAACAUAAGAAUGAAUGUUUGUUAUUAGCAAUACUAAUAAUAUAGUAGGCAUCAAAAAAAUAAAGGCAUUCCUGUCAUAUCAGUAUGAGUUUUUUAGGUUAUAUUACAGAAACAAGAAAGAGAUAUUUCCUUGCAGUGAGACGUAAUAUCAUGAUUAGAAUCGUCAAGCAAGUGCCUUAGCUUGAAGACAGAAACGUGUAAAGGGUGAAAUUAUGAGAAACAUUAGGUAUUUGGUAGGUUGUAAAGCAAGUGAGAGUGAUAGGCAAGGUUGAAUUCCCAACAGAGAUUUUAGUAAGUAUGAAGCAUGGGCUGUAAAAGCUGCUUUAGGAAUGCCAUUCAUUAGCAUUAUUUCACAAAUUUUCUAUAAGGUUAGAUUUCUGAGGUUGUGAUGUAGUAGUAUUCUUGAAAUAGAUUAUGUGCAACUGAGAAUAUGUAUUCUUUUGCUUUCAUUAAAUUUCUUUAUGUUGAUAUGAAUAUCUUUUUUUGCAAGUAGUUUGAUUCUUAGUCUAUUAUUUACCAUGGCAUAUGAAUAUAAAAAAAAAAUUAAAAAAAAAAAAAGUUAAAAGGAAAAAUUGAAAUAACCAAUGCUAUAGAAUAAGCAAAGCCAAUUUACUAAAACUUUAGAGUGGUUAGAUUAAAUUAUUUGACUGUGGCAAAGCAAACAAGGGUACCUAUGUGAAGGGAUGCCACUGUGGCUGACUUUCUAAAAAAACUGGGUCAUAAUCACGUAAAACAUGGGGAAAACCAUGAAGACCAGCCUUGUGCUUUUUAAUUGCAACGAUCCAGAUAGGUGAAUUACUCAUAAGCAAAUACAAAAUCAAAGUUUAAAUAUGAUUGUCUUUAACUGGUUUUAUCCCCCCCCCCAAUUAAAAAAAUAUUCUUCAUGUGGAAUUUAUUUCAAUAAAAAGGAGAUAAUUUAUCUGAUUAUCAGAAAAGACAAAGCAAAUUGUUGACUGGAAAAAUUCUUAGUUAGAUAUAAUGCGUGAUUUAAAUCUGUUUGUGGUGAAGAUUAAUUUGUGGAUCCUCAGUUGGUAACAGAAUGAAUAAAAAAACUUGAAACUUUUUAUGCAAAUUUUCAUCUCAGAGAUAAUUACAAUCUAGUUGGAAUCAGUCUGUUUUUAAGAGUACUAUAGUAAACAAGCAUUGUGUUUAAAAAUGAAAAGUGCAUUGGCAGUGAGGCUUCAGAAGAAAAAUGCUUAAUGAUCUUUUACUGCAGUGUGACUGAUGGUUUUCAAAACAUUUUCAUUGUAGUGAAAGCAGAAAAACUAGAUCUAUUAAUAUAAGUUUUAACAAACCUGGUCAAUAAUAGGAAGCUUAUAAGUUAGCAUGAAUAAUGUAUGAAAUUAUAAUGAAAUACUGAGUUGAAUUGUAUUAAAAUUACAUAAGAAUAAAUAAAAGAUCUUGCUUUUGAAUAAUGCUGCAUCCUGACUGUGCUUUAUUAUUAUUAAAAUUAUGGAAGGUUUGUGAGGGCUAAGAUGAAAAAUAUCUUUCUGAAGGUCUUUUUAAGAGAAAUUGUUUCAUAAUUCAUAUUGCAUAUGGAGAAGCCAUGAAAACUCCUAUGGAGCCAGUAAAUCCAGGUGAAAAGUUAAUGAAUAAUCAUCAUAGUUAAUACAUCAUAGUUAAUGAAGAAUCGGGUUGAACUUCCAACAUUCUGUGAUGUUUGCCACUGGGACACUGAUGGGCAUAGGCUUUGUUGAAAAGCAAUCCCACCAGAUAUUGCAUUAUUGUAUCAGUCUUUAAAUCAAGGAAUAAUUCAAGUUAUGUACAAAAGACUGCUGUUGUGCAAUAUUUUAUUAAAAAUUUCAUUUUGUGCAGGCAACUAUGAAUCAACAAAAUCUGUGCCCAUUUUAAAUACAGUUUGUUGGAUGUGAGAAAUUGCUUAAAACUUUGGGUCAAGCUAUAUAUAAAAAAAGUUCCAGAGUGUGGAAUUUUUCUUUCAAAUUAUCUAUCUGAGAUCAAUGAUGAUGGUAAUAAGAUAAUCAAUCAAGUAAAGAAGCUAUCUCUUUUUUUUUAUUGAAAACUUUAAAUAGAAAAAUUAAUUUUGAAGAAUACAUCAUAGUUAAUGAAGAAUCCAGUUUGAAAAUGAGAGAUCCUAUGAAAAAAAAUAAGAAAAUGUUGAAGAAAACAUAGAAAUUAAGAAAGUAAAAAAUAAAUAAAUUUAUAUAAAAGAAAUGCCUUGAAAUGCGAAGCACUUAAAAAGUUUUUGAAUUCUAGUCAAUCUAGUGGACUUUCUUCAAUCAAUAAGCUAAAAGUUCUUUUGAAAAGACUGUAGCGGCAAAAAUGAACAAUUCUGAUGGACCAUUUUCAAAAAUUCAUUUAACAAUCUGUUCUUGUCUUGUUACAUUUCCUUCAUUAACACCAAAAAAAUAAAAUUUUUUCAUUGGAUGUGUAUAUUUUUUACUUAUUUAUUCCUUUUCAAAUUUAUUCACUCCUAUGUAAUUACGUAUAUAAUUAUUUUUACGUACGCUUAUGGUGCUGAAUUCUUCUUUAGUUUUAAAUCUCCUACUCAUAAGUAAAGUUUGUUAUCAGAUAUCACAUUUAAGCAAAAUUUCCCUGUAACAGACAAAAAGUCUCAAUCAGUAAGUGUCCAUUGAUGGGUAAUUCGUCUGUAUAUGUUUUUUAGUCUUCAAAAGAAAUUUGUAUUAUUUCUUUGUAAAAUUCUUUUUUAUGCCAAGAAAUAAUAUCAAUAGCUUUGUUUUACUAACUUGUGCAAAAUCCUUAUUUGCAGGGAAAAAUAGAAACCACUUUUUAAAGUAAAAAAAUUGAUAUUGCACACAUUUUUCCAUUUUAUAAUGUGUGCUAUUAAAUGUAAAUUUGUUAUUUUUUAAAUUUUGUUUAAUUUAAUUGAUAAUUAAAAAGUUUAUCUUCUUGAAAGUUAAUAAUGGCAGUAAAAAAAAUGUUUGUAAUAUAUUAUUGUUAAAUAUAGCUAGCUCAUUGUUCAAUGAAGAUUCAAAGAAAGUUACUGUUUGGUUCAUGCUGGUUCAGCCAGUAGAUAUACGAAUAUUUUAUUUAAAAAAAAAAAAAAAACUAUACAAACAUUCUACUGUGACCUUUGUUAAGUCAUGCAUACUUACCUGACAGAGAUAAUCUCCAGGUAUUCAUCUUAGUAUUAUAAAACAUUAUUUUUCUUUGGAGCAAAGAUAUUAAUUACAUAUAUUUUUAUUGUAUGUGAAAGGUUAAUGUUUAAUACUGAAAUGGAUUUCAUAUUAUUUGAAUGCACUUAAUUUGAGUGCCUAAUAUCUAGUAAAUCUUUUUUUUUUUUUUUUUUUUUUUUUUUUUUUUUCUGAAAUUAAUUUUUAGUCUCAGUUGCAAAAAUAAUAGAAAUAUAAAAGUAAAAUAUAAAAUUUUAAAAAAAUAUAUUGCAUUCCUGUUCUCCCUCAAACCUAUAUACAUUAUAUUGACUGCUAACUUUUUCUAGAGUAGUUUCAAAAAAAUGAAAUACAUAAGUAUAGACUGUCAGUCUUUGUUUAUUGAUCUAUGUUUCAGAUUUUUUUGGCAUAAUAAUAUUUUAUUUAAUCCUGUACUUGAGUGUAACUUUUGCAUUACAUACAAAAUUCAUAUUUCAUAUCUGAUAUAAUGUAAAUAUCUAGGAACCAAGACACUAAUGUUAGAUAUUUAAUGAGAUGAAAUUCAUUUUGUUCUUUUUGUAUUGAGAGAUUAAUGAAGAAAGGUUUACAUCAGAGGUAUAUACUUCUGUAAUAAUUUUCUGUGGUGUUUUGAAGGCUUGUUAACUGUUAUGGUGUGAGUGUACACAAUGUACUCUUAAGUUCAGUAAGGUAUAAAUCAGACUGCUUAGCUAUGUAAUUAUAAUGCUAUAAAUAGACAGAGGCAGACUUAGGGUGUAGUGCAAUUUGUAAUCAUAGGUACCUCACAUUCAAAAUGGCUCCUAAAUCAUUUUUUGGUUUAUAACAAGUAAACAUAUCCUGUAGCAUAAGUUCAGGAGUCUUCAAAAGAUGUACUACUUACCACAUAAGUCUGCUUUUUUAUUAUUAUUAUUUAUUUAUUUAUAAGGCUAGUUUUAAAUUUCUGUCAAAAAAUGCAGUUUUUUUAUUAUUUUAUUAUUAUUGGAUCUAAACAAUGUGCUAAUAUAAUGGUUUUUUUUAGUAUUACUUUUAAAGGUAAAAAUAAUUUAACCAACUGUAAAAUACUUUUGUAAUCUAAUUUUCCUUGCUUAUCUUUAAAUCAGAAUUGUUAUAGAAAGAACCUAAGCUAAAUUAUGAUAAGAUUUUUUUUUUUUUUUAUAUAUAUAUAUAUAUAUAAACUUUAAAGACAUUUUGACUGAUGUGAAUGCUAACAGACUGCCUUAAUCUAUUAUCUACAACAAUUGCAUUAUUUAAUUAACUAUUUAUUUACUGCAGAUACUGAAAUAUGAUUUUUCUUAAUUAUAUUAUAACAAUUAUUUGAAUUUGUAGAAUGCUGGAUUGAAACAAAUCAAAGAGAAAGGUGAAUUUUUAUGUAGCCUGGUAAUUAUUUUAAGAGCUGCUCAGGGAAUGCUUUAAUCUCUUUAUAUUCAGAAUUAAGCUUUAACUAAAUAUAUCAUGCUUAAAACAUUUGGUCACUGACUGAAAUUAAGUAAUUGCUGUUUGGUAUUCAAAAUUUGACAUUUCUCUAACAUAUUGCUGAAAAUGUCUUUAAAAAGACCAAUAUGAAACUGAGCUUUGAAAGUUCAUAUUUUAUGGAGAAGUUAUUCUAAACCAAUCUGUAUUCUUGCCAAUUAAAUCAUAGCUUUUCGCUAAGAAUUUUUUAAGGCAGCUAUUGUUAUGUCAUAAAUUCAAUCAGCUUUUUCAGAGCAAAACUCAUCCUUGCUUGUAAAUAUUAAAUAUUGUGUCUAUAAUGUGUGUGUGAUACCUGCUGUUGAAUAUUGUCUCAUCAUGAAAAGAAAAAAAAAAAAAGUUGUAUUGUUUUCAGUCAAACUUGAGAUUUUAUGGAACAGUUUUUGACAUUGUUCAUCAAUAAAUUAUUGAUGGGUUUAUAACUGUU